GUGAGCUACGCGCGUUCUCGUGAAUCCAAAUGAGCGCACGCAGAAGCAGAACACGGAAGAGUCAGUCAGCUGUUUGUCAAUGAUGACAAAUAAUGUACGAGUAUCAGAGGAGAAACUCAACAUGGAGCAAAAACCUGAUGAUCGCAUGCCAUGCAAUAGCUGUCAUCUUCUGGAUUUGCCCUGGGAAGAUGUUUUAGUAACACACGUCUUCUGCUACCUGCCGCUGCGUCACCUGGUCAGCCUGCAGCGCGUCAGUAAGAGUUUUCGUUCUCUGGUUCAGGUGUACCUGGACAACUGUCACACAUUUGACCCCGCACAGACCGGACCUCACAUUCCCAAAGAAGCUUUCUGCUCCAUGCUUCAUAACAAUCAAGUUCUCCAUCAUCUCUGCAUCAAUAACUGUUCUGAUUGGAUCACCGAUAAAGAGCUGCUGCCCGUGAUUGGUCAGAACCAGAAAAUGCUGCGCGUGGACAUGCGUGGCUGCGUCCACCUGAGCCGUCACGCCCUGGUAGCCGUGUCUCUCAGCUGCCCGCGUCUGCAGCACCUGAGCCUCGCUCACUGCGAAUGGGUUGACGUCUUGGCUCUGCGCAGUCUGGCGGAUCACUGCUCGGACCUGCGCUCGCUGGAUCUGACCGCCUGCAGACAGCUGAAGGAUGAUGCCGUGUGCUAUGUGGCUGGGAAGUGUCCGGCGCUGCGUUCGCUAUCCGUGGCGGUUAAUGCAAACAUAACAGACACGUCUGUGGAGGAAGUGGCCAAACGGUGUAGAGAGCUGGAGAGUCUGGACCUUACUGGCUGCUUACGAGUACGAAACGAAUCUAUCAGGACACUGGCGGAGUACUGCCCCAAACUUCAGUCUCUUAAAGUCAACCACUGUCACAACGUAACAGAGUCCAGUCUCGGUGUCCUCCGUCGACGUAAUGUAGAGAUUGAUGUGGAACCUCCACUGCAGAGGGCGCUAGUGCUGCUCCAAGACGUUGUGGGAUUUGCUCCAUUUAUUAACUUGCAGAUUUAACAGGAAUUCUCUCGUCCAUGAUCUUUGGAAUAGACUGACUUUUGAACACGCACAUUUUUACACCAAUGCAAUAUCACUGGACAUGAAAUCCACAAGUGCUUGUUUGAUUUUGUGUGUUUUAGCAUUCAGACACGGAAAAAUGAUGGAAAAAUAGAUCUUAUUUAUUUAUGCAGCUUUUUGUUUUUGUGCAGAAACCAAAUGCUGUAUAAUUUUGCACUUAUGAAAUACUGAAAUACUUGCACUUUUCAAUACACCUGAUGGAUUAACCACAACCACAACCCCCAGCAAUAUUACCUCUCAUUUCAUCUCUGCUUUAUUUUACAAAUCAAAAAACAGGAAGGCAAUACUUACAAAAAUGAAUCCAGGGAGAAUUUAUGGUUUACAAAAUGCACACUAGUAGAUGUGUUGAUUUUAUUUCCAUUACUUUAAAAAUGGAAAAUAAUGUGCUGCCAUUUAAAGAAUUCAACAACUUGGAUUCUUUUUUAUUUUUGCAUUUCAAUCAAUUCAUAAGAACUCAAGUGAAAAACAAUCAAAUUAUAUUUUCACCUUCUUGAUUUAGGGUAAAUUUGCCCUUUUGUUUUUUCAUUUAUUACACAAGUGUUUGUUCAAGUAAGACAAAUGUUCAACAAAUCAAGUUCCUUAAUAUUUUAUAAAGAUCAAAAAUGAGCAGAACUUGAAAAAUAAUAAUCAGAAAGUGUAACAGUGUGCUUAUUUUACAAGCUGGGGGUCUUUCAGGACCACUAUAUUAUAUCUGUAGCUUUAUUCUGAAUAUUUCAAUAAGUAUAAAGACAACAGGGCAGUUUUGUUUUGCUCGGAUUUUUGUUUUGUUUUUGAUUAUUUUUCAUUAACAUGUUUUUACAGUAUCACAACAUUAAUUGAUGUUUGCACAUUAUGCUUGCUAUGUUUUUUAUUUUAUUUUUAUUUUAUGAGCACUUGUUACAAAUGUGCGGUUGUAAAUUAUUAAGUGCAUAAUUGUUUUAUGCAAAGUGCUGAGAAAUUAUAAAGUCUUGCAAGUCGACUAAUUG